CGGAAGUUUUCGUGAAAAUGUUAAUUGGCAGCUUGGAAGCAGGCACGGGCGGCCGAUGGCUGAUCCUGUCCGCUCCGCACCGCUCCACCAGCAUGCACACACCGCCCUGUAGGCGCACCCGCACUUUUCGGAUACCUGGCCCUGGCACGCACCUUUUACGAAGCCGCUCCACUGCGUGUCUCCCCUCCAUGUCAUGAGAUGGAUCUUCUAUGCGAUCAUACGACUGAGCUUGCUUGACCACACCCUUUGACUCGCUCCUGCAUCCGCGCUCCGCUUCCACUUCGAGCCAUUCGCGGACCAUUACGCGAUCGCUGCCCCACCUCCGGUGGUUCUCCCAGCCUGGUCCACCGUCAUAUGUAUAGCUGCCCGGAUGCAGCUACCACGGAUGCAGGCUUGCCUCUCAUCCUCCCCAACCGCGUCGUAGCCGCACUGGCAUGGCUCGCAGCCAGAUGAACGUGCUCGCAAAGUGCAAGAGGGCCGUCUGGGACUGCACGAGGAAGCUUUUCGGACGGCGGCAGUUGUCGGAUAUUACGCUCGCCCAUGUUCUCUCUGGCGACACUUGCGAGCCCAUCAGCCUCCGCGAGUUUGAGACAUACCUCGCCCACAAAGAACAUACCAUCGAGAUCCUUCACUUCGUCGUAUGGUUCCAAGACUACCGCCAGCGCUUCCUCGCGCUCCCCCGAGACGUCCAGGCCACCACUUCCGGAUACACCUCCUUCACCUUCGCCAUCCCCAGUGCCGCACGCACUGCACAACGCAUCGCAGACAGCAAGCGCAGGGCCGAGGUACUGCGCUACAGCGGCGACACCUCGAUCUGCGCGGGACCAUCCUCAAGCUUGCCGAGUGCGUUCAGCGUACGCUCGGACUCGCAGGUGCCUGAGCCGGUCUCGCCGUACGCGAGGUCGAGCGCAGAGACUCCGCUUCUGCAACAGUUGGAGUCAAUAGGGAGCACCCCGCGCGAGUUGCCGUUCAGGGACGAGUGCAGGCGCGUCAUCGCGACGUUCUUCAGGCCGGGCGCGGCGAGCGAGCUUCCGCUCGAUCAUUUACUGCGAGACACUGUCGUCCGCGACUUGACCUGGAACACACAUCCUGACAUCUUCCUCCACGUCUACGAAGAGAUGUACGCGCUGCUGGAGACGGUCAGCCUCCCGCGCUUCCUCGCGAUCGCAGCGACGAACAUCAACACGCCCAAGCAGCUAUACUGGUACGCCAUCGGCAUCGCGGACGUGUUCAUCGGGAUCAUCAUCGCACUCGUGUGCAUCACAGUCGUGCACGUCCCACCCAAAGGCAACCGCGCGUGGCGGCUCUUCGCGGUGCCGUUCUUCGCGUUUGGCGUGAUGCAGGUGUAUUCUGCUUAUAGGGGGUUCUGCAGCCAGGUAUGGGGCCGUGGCCACACGCAAGUGCGCGUCUGGGAGAUGCAAGAGAUGGACGAAGAGGCCGCUGCGCACUGCGAGCACGUCCUCCGGCUGGAGGAGGAGGACGACGACAAGAAGGACAAGAGCAGCAUUCGCAAGAAGGGCGGCGGCGAUCCUGAUAAAGCGCGCGUGGAGAUGGCCGAGCAUGUUGCGUGGGGGACGAAAGAAGACAUGGACGCCAUCGCGCCGUUCGAGGUGCAAGGCGUCUCUUCCUCAUCGGCCAGUAUUCCGAUUCGCGAUGCCCGUUUGAAGCCUAAGAGGUCGACACGCUGGCGGGGCCUAAAGCGUCUCUUCCAGACCGUAGAUGACGAUCGGCGGCCUAGCACACCAGACGGUUCGGAGGAGGCAUUCCCCAGGCCACCCGUGUUUGGCCCUGAAAAAGUCGUGCUCGACCCGCGCAUACGAGCGGUGCAUAGGGAGAUCUUGCGAGAUCUGCUCUAUGUAGGAUUCUGGGCAACGUCGGUGAGCAUCGACAGAUUAGGGUACGUUGAUAGAGCAGGAUCUGAUGUAUGUGGCUUGUAGGCGUUCAUGGCUUUGAUUCUGGCAGUCCCUGCGUUGCAUUCGUGACAGACUAUGCUUGCAGGUAGCAUAUAGUAGGAUACACCUAAUCGCGAGCUUGGAUAUCAG